GAAUGGAGCUCUACAAUGUGUUUAUAAACUACAGAGCGCUGUUAUAUUGUAUUAUUUUGAAAGGUCCGGGUUGUAGUGUGGUAGGAGCGCGUUGUUUUAUCCGUUCAGACACUGAGGGAGAGCAGAGAGGAGGUGAGAGAGUCUGCAUGGAGCUCUACAAUGUGUUUAUAAACUACAGAGCGCUGUUAUAUUGUAUUAUUUUGAAAGGUCCGGGUUGUAGUGUGGUAGGAGCGCGUUGUUUUAUCCGUUCAGACACUGAGGGAGAGCAGAGAGGAGCAGAGAAAACACUGCACUUUCCCAUUCAUCAACCACAAACAACUGCUGAACAUUAUAUAUAUAUAUAUAGAGAGAAAAACAGAAGGAAGACCACAAAUCAAAACAAGGACAAUAACUCCGAUGUGGAGUGGCUGCUAACGGCUCUCACCUGAAGAGAAGAAAGGACACAUUCACUGAGGAGACGGUCAGAGCGAGUGACUAGAGCACUAGAGCCGUGCUGCACACCCCACUGACAAUACCUGAAGACUGCCUUAUCUUGGUGAAAGCCAAGGAACAAAGAUGGAGUCUGUUUAUAUUAAGCAGGAGGAGGUUCUGGAAUUGCUACCUAUCUGCAUUAAACAGGAGAUGUCUGAACUGGAUCCAUUCCACAUUAAAGAAGGGACUGAACUGAAGCCUGUCCACAUUAAAGUGGAAAAUACUGAACUGACGCCUGUCCACAUUAAAGAAGAGACUGAACUGAAGCCUGUCCACAUUAAAGUGGAAAAUACUGAACUGACGCCUGUCCACAUUAAAGAAGAGACUGAACUGAAGCCUGUCCACAUUAAAGUGGAAAAUACUGAACUGACGCCUGUCCACAUUAAAGAAGAGACUGAACUGAAGCCUGUCCUCAUUAAAGAAGAUGGGACUGAACUGAAGCCUGUCCUCAUUAAAGAAGAUGGGACUGAACUGAAGCCUGUCCACAUUAAAGAAGAGACUGAACUGAAGCCUGUCCACAUUAAAGAAGAAGAGACUGAACUGAAGCCUGUCCACAUUAAAGAAGAGGAGACUGAAUUGCAGCCUUUCUACAUUGAAGAGUCUGUUGACUUGUUUAAGUAUUCAGAAAGCAUGUGCCGGCCACACAUAUCACAUCAGUGUACUGAUUGUGGGAAGAGCUUCAGUCGAUUAGGACACCUAAAAACACAUCAGCGAAUUCACACUGGAGAGAAGCCAUAUCACUGUACUGACUGUGGGAAGAGCUUCAGUCAGUUAGGAGACCUAAAAAGACACCAGCGAAUUCACACUGGAGAGAAGCCAUAUCACUGUACUGAAUGUGGGGAAAGCUUCAAUCGGUUAGCAAGGCUACAUAUACACAGGCGAAUUCACACUAGAGCCAGCCUCCCAUCCUCCCAGUCCCUCGCCUCUCCACCUCGCUUGUUUGUGUGUGUGGAGAGCUGUCUGAUUCCUUGUCUCUCUCUCACCCUGCAGUAAAGGAAGGGAGUCCGCACAAGUGAGAGCUGGAGACACUGGUAUAGUAAGCAAACUUGUUCAAUUUGCAGAUGACACAAAAAUAGGAGGAGUGGCAAACACUGUUGCAGCAGCAAAGGUCAUUCAAAAUUAUCUAGACAGCAUUCAGAACUGGGCAGACACAUGGCAAAUUACAUUUAAUAGAUUAUGGGAUCAAUAAGCUACUAACAACCAAACGAGCAAGAUGGGCCGAAUGGCCUCUUCUCGUUUGUAAACUUUCUUAUGUUCUCAUGACACUGAGAAGCGGAGCGCGUCAAACUGAAGGAGACAGACCCAUUCUUUCAGAAUGAACUGGAGAGCCCUGGGAUUCAGCUCCACUCCUGCCCCUGAACUGGAAAUGACUCUCACUCAUCAUUCUGUGAGGAUUUAGGACAGAGUUACAAGGUCAUUCUACUUAGCUUUUUCACUGAACACUUAGAUGUGUGAUACGAACCAAACACAUUAAACAAAGCUGCCAAUAACAUAUAUGAUAUUUUAGCUAUAAAUGGCAUUACUGUGUACCAGUGUCAGUGAGUACAUGUGACAAGGAGCGACGGGAUCAGAGCUGCAAAUCUCCCUCCCAACCCAAGAGGGCGCUAAGCAGAGGUACUUGCACACCUCUACCGAGACUAGCCGGCUUGGAGAGAGGGACAGAAACGUAAGUCAGCCAUCUUAGUGCUGGGCGGAAUUACCAUAUUAGAGGACAAGAUUACUGUGAUCAGAUGUGCUGAGUUGCGCUGAUGAUGGGGUGGAGUCUCCGUAUAUAAGGGCUGUAAUUUUGUAAGUGAAUAUAACUGGACAAAUUAAUGAAUCUCUGUGUCUUGAAGAAAAAGGGCCCCUUUCCUGGCAGACAUACUGAACUGUAUGACCACUGACCUACGUGACCAGGGCUAGGUGGCAUCUGGACUGGAUUAGGCUGAAAGGACAGUUGACCUAUGUAUACAAAAAUGUAUAGUUCAGACUGACCAUAACCCUCUGAGAUGGCUGGAUCAAAUGAAGGACAAGAAUUCUAGGCUAACGUGCUGGAGUCUUUCCUCCCUCAAGCACAGUGCCUGUGAUGUCCUAUGACAUGGAUACUUUUGCUGAAGUUGAGAGCCUUCUCCCGCUUUCAUUUAAUAAGAAAAGGUAAUAAAAACUAAACAGGAAUGUGAUAUUCCACAAUUUUUUUUAAAGGUUCCAAAGUUUUAAUGCAGUCAAUUCUGCAUUAAAUAUAUACCUUUUUUUGGUUCAAUUAAAUGUCAAGUUGUGUAUCACUGAUUUUGUAAUGUUGGUCAUAUUUUGUACUUUAUUAUUCUUAUACCUCCCCCCCCCCCCCAAAGAUACUAAGUCACAGCAGAGGAGAUCAGGAGAAGGAUCAGGCCACCUGAGAAUAUGAUUGGUCGCAUAUCUCAAUAUAGAUAAAAAUAAAAAGGUAGAGCUGAAGAGGAAUACUGAGGAGACAGUCGGCGUUAGUCCUGGCCCAACGACGAGUUUAACUUCUGUGUGUUCAAAACUGACUGAGGGUAAAUUAGUAAAUGUCCACUGCAAUGUCAACACACUACAACACUGAGAUGUUUUAUCAAUCAGUACUGUAAAAUAUGGUAUAAUAUACAGACCACUGCAUUCAACAGCAUCAGACAACCUCAUCUCAAAAUGAUAUGGGUAGCCUUAUUUUAAAUCUAUAUAAUGAUUUGUUUCCAUUCUAAAUUGUGUUGUGUUCAGGCCUCAUCUAAAUGCACAUGUAAUAUUGUGCAUUAUUUAUCAUGAAAGAAAUCCAUUGAGAUUAUAGAACAAUGUAAUGGUAUUCUUGGUGUAAAUUAAAAAUGGAUUGUUGCAAUACUAGUAACACUUUCUGUGUGUGUUCAGGAGAAGCCUGUGAUUUGGUUGUGGGGAUUGGCAGAUUGGCAGUGCAGCUGAGUAUCAAGUCAACAGAAAACACAAUUAAACUCCUGUCUAUAUUUUACCUCUAGUUUUGUAUGUAUGCCACUCAUGAAGACGGAAGCAUGUAUAAGCACUGUUUUUUUUUAAUCCCGAAAAUAUGAUUGCAGCUGCCUGCAAUGUUAUUUGAUAGUGUAUUUUGUUUUUUAAAACUCUAAAUCUACAAAUUAAAGCAACUAGAUAGAGUUUUGAAGUAGGUUUCUUACACAUUUACAAAAUAUGUUAUUUUUACCUUAAUCAGUGAUGUUUAAAGCUUAGGCAAACUGGUUAAUAUGGCUUCUCCUUUUCUAUACGCAUUUCGAAUGUCACUGUAUAACAGAUUAUUUUGCUCAGCGUUUGAAAUAGGUGGUCUAUAGCAUGCUCCUAUUAUUAUGCCCUUUAAAUUUGCGUCCAUUAUUCUGACCCAUAUUGAUUCAGCGUUGUUUUCUUUGUCCAGAUUUAACACCUGGGCUUCAAGACUAUUUUUUAUGUAUAGCGCUACCCCUCUGCCUCUUCUGUCCUGCCUGCUCUAUAAAGUGUGUUCCCACUAAUAUUAUAUAAAAAUCCUAAAAGGUCUAGACAAUGUCGACCCAGGUGCCUUUUUUGACCUGAAAAAAGGAACAAGGACCAGGGGUCACAAAUGGAGAUUAGAUAAAGGGGCAUUCAGAACAGAAAAUAGGAGGCACUUUUUUACACAGAGAAUUGUGAGGGUCUGGAACCAACUCCCCAGUGAUGUUGUUGAAGCUGACACCCUGGGAUCCUUCAAGAAGCUGCUUGAUGAGAUUCUGGGAUCAAUAAGCUACUAACAACCAAACGAGCAAGAUGGGAUGAAUGACCUCCUCUCGUUUGUAAACUUUCUUAUGUUCUUAGAUCUGUCUGUCUGUCUGUCUGUCUCUCUCUCUCUCUCUCUCUCUCUCUCUCUCUCUCUCUCUCUAUAUAUAUAUAUAUAUCCACCAAGGUGAGAUGCAGAAUUGUUUUUAUUGAAUUCCUUCUGGUCGAUUCUGGUUGAGGGCGAUUCAGGAGUAAGAGUAAUGAGCUUUUUGCACACACCUUGUAUCUGCUUCCAUUCUCUACACGGCUCUCAGAUGUGCAGUUUGGAAAUAAUCAUGUGGUUACAGCAAAACAUUUCAUUUGAAACAGGACAGCUGGCACCACGCUGGCUUGAAGAACUAGUUCUGCUGCAUGCACACACUAUUUUGUCUUGUUUCUGCUUAAUAAAACUGCUGCUUCGGAUCAACUCUCGGAGGAUCUUUAUUUAAAAUUUGGUCCCUACAUAUUUUUAUUCAAUUUAGAUUUAGUUAUUUAAUUUCUGCUAAGUAGGC